UGCCAUGCAGGGACUGAAGAUUGCAAUACAGCAGCAGUGCACUUGAGGCUACACUAGGGGCGGAGUUUGACCUCUCAAGUCUCAAAACAUCCCUAAUCCGCGUCGGACACUCUGGCACAAGCCAUCAACUGGCCCCAUUUGUGCAGCAAAGGGACGAAUUUUCACCGAAAUAACACUGCCCCGAUCAGCUGUGUGAGGCGUAGCGGCGUACGGAGGCUCUGGCUGCCGCCUGUGUGCGCGUCGGAGGGACUGAGGGUGAGGGUGGGGGGGGGGGGAAUGCUGCACUAUGACAGAUAGUGCGUUACAUGCGUCUGGACGUAUCUGCAGUCAUUUCUAGGCAGUUUCAUUGGCAAAAGGAGUCGUGUUAUUGCGCCUGCGGUGGACGCGAGCAGCCAAGUGUGCGCUUCUCCUCAAGGUAUUGUCCAGUUGCCAUUCAAUGUCCAGUAUUACGUGGCUGAGGCUGCCUUGUGGCUGAUCCCGAAAAUGCUUUCAACUAACCGCUCCGGACGUGCGUGGGGAUGAAAUGGAUGGAGCCAAUGGCCAGACCAAUGCACCAGCUCCCACCUCCCAGCAUGUCCAGCCGCAGCAAGUCUCCCCCCAAGUCUGGAGAAGCUGCAGGCUCUAACUCCAAGACAUGGGUGAAGAUGUUCAAAAAACCUGGAGGAGGCCUGAAAAAGUCCUACCAGCCUGGGAGUAUGCUGUCCCUCGCACUCACCAAAGGCCUGCUGAAUGAGCCUGGGCAAAACAGCUGCUUCCUAAACAGUGCUGUUCAGGUGCUUUGGCAGCUGGACAUUUUCAGGAGAAGUUUGAGGCAUCUCUCAGGUCACUUCUGUCUUGGUGAUGCCUGCAUUUUCUGUGCUUUAAAGAGUAUUUUCAGCCAGUUUCAGCAGAGCAGAGAGCGUGUGCUUCCCUCCGACAGCCUGCGUAACGCCCUAGCUGAAACUUUUAAGGAUGAGCAACGCUUCCAGCUUGGUCUGAUGGAUGACGCUGCCGAGUGCUUUGAGAACAUCCUGGAGCGAAUUCAUUUGCACAUAGUUUCAGACACUGCGACCGACGCUUGUUCAUCCAAAUCCUGCAUCACCCAUCAGAAGUUUGCAAUGAUGCUUUAUGAGCAGUUUGUGUGUCGCUGUUGUGGUGCAUCUUCAGACCCGCACCCAUUCACAGAAUUUGUACACUAUGUAUCCACCACUGCUUUAUGCCAACAGGUUGAACGCAUAUUGGGGAAGAACGAACAGCUCAGGUCAGACAUGUUUGGAGAAUUGCUGCAGGCAGCAAACAACACGGGUGACCUGCGAAGUUGCCCGAGCAACUGUGGUCAAAGCAUCAAGAUCCGACGUGUGCUCAUGAAUUGUCCGGAGAUUGUCACUAUUGGAUUUGUAUGGGAUGCUGAGCAGUCUGAUCUUACAGACGAUGUCAUUUGUUCACUUGGCCCACGUUUGAACCUGUGUGGGCUUUUCAACCGCGUCACUGAUGAAAAUGCCAAGCGGAGUGAGCUGCAUCUGGUGGGGAUGAUCUGUUUUUCGAGUAAACAUUACUCAGCCUUUGCCUAUCACACCAAAUCUUCAAAAUGGAUGUUUUUUGAUGAUGCUACUGUGAAGGAGAUUGGAUCCAAAUGGAAAGAUGUUGCCUCUAAAUGUAUCAGGGGACAUUACCAACCACUUCUUUUAUUUUACACAAAUCCUGAGGGAUCUCCAGUGUCUAAUGAAGAUGCACCAAGACAAACCACCAUGUGUCCCCGGUACAAAGCCCAAGUAAACGGUGACGCAACAGUGAAACGUCCCCUUGGCAGUCCUAACAAAUUCCAAGAACCUUUCACAGAGAAUUUACAGAGGGCAAGUGAAACAUCAAAAAAGGAUCGAGGUCAUCGGAAAACGGAUCUGUCGCAACACAAAGAGAUGGCCCAUACAAGAUCUUCAUCUCCAGAGAAUGGACAAAGGCAUCCUGUGGAGCAAAAACUAAGAAGCUAUCCACGCACUGAGAAGUCAUCAAACCAUUCGAACAGAGGAUCACAGGAGCCACGUGGACAGUCCUUCAGUACACAGGCUGGUGGGCAUAGCCGAAGGAACAACACUUCCCCAAGUCGCCAUGAUCAAGAAAGCUAUCAGGAGCAAUGGGAAAAAAGUGGAAGUGAAGGAAGUCGCCAUAAAUCCAAGUCUACUUGGAGACCCAUUCGGGAGGUGUUAAAUGUGGACACUGUACUGAACGAACUGGAGCAGCGCCGUCAACAGCAACACGACAGCCCGCGGCACAGUAAGCCUUCAUCCCAUGAAAGAGUGCACACUGAACAAAGCCGGGACCGUGAGCGGGAAUAUGUACGAACUAGGGAAGAUCGGAAGCAGAAGUGUUUAAUGACAAUUUAUGAGGAUGAGCAGCGGCAUGAGACGGAGAGCCACAGCUCUGUAGAAUCGGAGAGCAGGGCCAACCAACAGAGGAGCAGCAGACUUAAAGGUGGUCCUAAGACACUGCUGCGUAGUGAUACCUGGACCAUUCAGAGGACAGAGUCUGGCUAUGAGAGCAGUGAUAGGCUCAGCAGUGGCUCCACCAACCCUGACUCACCUGGUGUCGAUGGUUUUGUUGUUAAAGACCAGAGAUCAACACCAGGAGCACAGCUUGAAAGUCAAAUACAACAAAAAGGAGGCGAGAUCAAAUCAAAUUUAACAUCCUCACCUUCUCACAGUGGUAAACAUCAACCCAAACCUCAGGGAAAGAACCAUGACCAAGUUUCACAUUCACAUCAAAAGUGCAGUCCAAGUUCGAGACGGAAAUCAAAGUACACUUCUAGUUCCUCCAGAAAAGCAGAGAGGGACUCCACUGGUUCAGAUAACAGGCAGGGUCAGCAGCAGGAGCUGUCAAACUGUAGAGGGCACACUGGAGAAAGUACAGCCCUGAGGCACAUCACAAAAACCAGCAGCUCAGAAUGGAACAGCUCUGAUGAUCUCGCUCUCUCUGAGCCCGAAGACCGAGAAAACACGUACCGAUCCAGCAACAGCGAAGCUGUCACCUCCGAAGCUCAGUGUCCUCACAUAACGCUGCCAUACCACCCUCCCAGCAACGUGACUGCAGAGCCUCUCCACCUGAACAAUCAGCGACAGCUCAGUGUAACAACCUCGCCUCACCUUCGAACGACCCAGCGGAUCUCCUCACACCAAGGUGAAGCAAGCCACGCCGUGUUCCGUCCGAGGAUGCUUCAAGAAUCCUAUCCAUCAAGCCCUCGUCUUCCAUCCAUAUCUUAUUUCAGUCCUCACAGGAAGCCUGACAUUUCAGGCCUCAGAACCUUUUCAGAUGCGAGCUCCAAGUCAGGCUCUGACCCGGAAAGGAGUACCCCGUCAUCGUGUGAAAGUGAGGAAAGACUAACUGGAUGCAGAGUGGAACAGGCAGGGCCAGCUCAAGAGGUUUCUCUGACAACGUACUUCAGUGUGGAUAACUGUAUGACAGAAACAUACCGUCUCAAGUACCACAACCAGAGGCCUCUUGUCCUUUCUGCCACUGUGCCGCGGACAGUGGCUGCGACUGAGCGCAGAGACACAAGCCACACACUCCCCACUGACACAUACUCACAAGAUGUGCCAAAAGCCAGACCAGAAACAAGCCAUAAUAGCAAUAAACCCACUGCAAAAUGGAACCCAGUGACAGCCAAAGGACUGGAUGAACGUGGUUUUUUAUGAGUGUUGCUUGGUAAGGUUUUACUACAUAGAUGGACAGUCUUCAGUAGAGUGCUAACUGGAUGCCAAAGAGUUUCACAGAAUGGAAAUAUGUUCCAAACUGAGUGGAAUUUAUUUAUGCAAGCUUGUCACAUCAAUAAAACCUGUUUCUAAAUGCUGCCGCAAAAUGUAUGACGGACUAUCAACUAUCACAUAUACUGUAACUGUCUUCCAUUGUUCCGUAGUAUUGCUGUGAGGAGAUUGCGUUUUGUUUGCACACGUGGUUUUUGAGUUGUUAUUACUCUUUUUAUCACCUUAUGUCAAGUUUAAUUUUUUUUAUUGAUGCAGCAGUUCUAAUUGUUGCAAAAAUGACAUGGUGUCAUGGCAUGAGAGCUUACAGUAAGCCACUGUUAGAUUGAUUAUGUUGUCGCCUGUACAGUAAAUGAAGAUGUCAUUCUACCCAAUGAAAUAAAACCUACAGGCAGAAGAUUUGCAUCAACAGCAGCUGAUUUAAGGUAGUUCAGUUAUUUGUCUGGGCAGCUUACUGACUUUAUGCAUACUGAGGGCUUUAGGGCACCAGGGAACAGACAUUGUAACAUUUACAUGUAUUCAUUUACUGAUUUUGUUCAAAUGUUAUAGGUUUAGCAGUUAUUUUGCAACAUUUAUGUGUCAGUGAAAGACUGAGUUCUGCCCCUUAGCCUACCAGUCAACCUUUUUGAAAGAUUUGUAAUAUUUCAUUGUUUCAAACUAUACUAUAUACUACAUGUAUAGACAUUUGAGAGAUACAGUUUCUCAAUACAAUACAAAUCCAGUAAUUUGUUGGUGUGACAUUGUGCAGGCGGGGCAGCGCUCAGGUCAUUCAGUAGGUCAGCAUAUACUGUUACGACCACGUCACCUCGUGUAUUCUACCUUCGACUGUGCUGGUUCUUGUAAUCCUUUUUUGUAAUUCUCAGUGAUGUCAAAUUGUAUUUUUUUGAGUCUUCCUUUUAAAGUUGACAGAUUUAAACAGGUCUGUAUUUGCAGGUAUUUUCAUAAGGACGCCUGUAUAAUUAAUAUGCCUAUCUGAUAUUGAACAUACAACACAACAACUAUUCUUGUUCAUAAGACUAACGUUCUGAAACCUGCAUGUGGCCUUUACGAAGUCUUACAAGCUGUGUGUGCAGCAUUAGCAUGAGCAUGAUAAUACUGGACAUUGAGUCCAACAAACAUGAACUCUAUUGGAUUUUAUGUAAUUGUAAUUAUAUGAGUUCGGUAAUUGAAUUUUUUUUAAUUUGGGAACUUUUUUAACUCUUGAAUGUUAGUCUCUUUUCUUGCUCUUGCGAGGACACAUACUUGUGAUUGUGCAUCUGUUGUAAAUAGGAACAUACGAUGCAAACAAUGUGUUAGAAAACAGCCGACUGUCCGAGACAUACUAUGCACUCACUAAGGAAUUACUUUAAAAUCACUUCCCAAGGAGAUUCUGAUACUUUUAAGUCUUUGUGGUCUGUACACCCAACAUUCCUGAGAGCACAUAAAAAUCUGUGUUGUUUUCAGAUAUCGAUAUUGGUUUUCCUCCGUGCUCGCCACUUUUUUUCCUAAACGUCCUGCCACUUAUAUCUGUUUUUUUUUCUUUCUUAUAGCCACAGUAACUUUUGUCCAGGUAUUUCUCAACUAUUCUAACCACACAUAUUUAGUCACUAAAUUUGCUGUGUUUGUGUUUGUUGUGGAUGUUCUGUCUGAGGAUAAAGGAUGGUGUUUAGAGAUUUAUAUAAUUACACCUCAACUUGUAAUUUGAGCAUCUACUUGCAUUUGUCAUGUUUUAUUUGUUGACACUGGUCAAAUUCAACAAAAAAGAGAGUGAAACGUGAUUGAGCUAUUGAGAAUUACUAUGAUUAAGAAAUCUAAUGUCACAUAAUAUAAGGACGUCUUUACACAUGUUGAUUGUUCUGUAGUAAUUACAACCCAAAUUCCAAAAAAGCUGGAACGCUGUGUGAAACUUAAAUAAAACAAUGUGAUAAUUUGAUAAUCUUUCUGAAACAGUACAAUGACGGUAUAAUUAACAUUUUCACAGUGUCUCGACUGUUUUUUGGAAUGUGAUUUCUUACAUAAUGAAGUUUAUGUCAUUUAUUUACAGUAUUUGUCCUGUUAUUUAAUUAUUAUAUCUGAUAAAAAUGGAAUUCAGUUGUUUUUACACACGUUGUGUUUUACAUUCAGAAAUUUGUGUCUUCAGUUGUAUCAAGAGUGCCUUGACCUUUUUGGUGUUUUUUUGUUUUGUUUUGUUUUGGUUUUUUUUGAAUAAAACCAGAGUUAGGGAAUGAAAACACUGAAUGAAAUGGGUGGAGGAUGUCAUGCAAACCUUUUUAAAUAUGCAAUGCUAAUAGUGACAUAUCUGAUGACACACCUCUGUGUGCACCAUUAUACUGUGUGUGUGUGUGAGUGUGUGUGAGGUCUACUAUUAAAAGCCCUUUCAGA